AUGAAUAAACCAAACAAAAAUAAUUUUAAAAUAGUUGAUAGAAUUAUUAAACUACAGAAUUGUGCUUCUACAAAGCAACAAUUGCAAUUAGUACAACAAAUCAGUCUGAGUUAUGCUACAGGGGAGGAAGAGUUGUUAGAGUUAUUAAUUCAACGCCGAAUUAUACAAAAAAUAGAUCUUUCUUCUUUAGAUAGUGUAUUGUUUGAAAUUUUAUCUACAUCAACUUCAGAAAAAAUUCAAUAUUCUUUAUCUAAUUAUUUUUCUAAUGGUAUUGUUCAAUUAAAAUCUUCACUAAAUGUGGAUUAUCAGCCAUUACAAAAUUUAUUAAUGGCAUAUGAUUAUAAAGAAGCAGAUAAAUUAACACAGCUACAAUUAUGUAAAUUAGCGGGUUUAGAUCGAAAUUCUACAAGGAAUUGGUUAUAUUUUACAGAUAUUGCACUAUUACCAUCAGAUGAUCUUUUAACGAUAGAUUUAUUAUGGCGCAUGUAUUCACGAGAUAAAUUUGGUUUUUCGCAACAGAGAAAGAUCUGGCUUAAGAAUAGUGCUGACUGGGAAAAAUUUUGGCGACAAAUUGGAUGGAUUGAUCAAGGUGUUGCUCGUCGCUAUCCAGAUGAAUUUACUUGGGAUAUCGAUGCACCACACGGUCAUUUGCCAUUAUUUAAUCAGUUAAGAGGAGUACAGGUUAUAUCAGCUUUAUUCAAUCAUAUUGCUUGGCAUAUAUAA